CUCUCUCUCUCAUAUUAUUCCGAGAGGCAGAGUCCAGGGUGUAGAAAUUACGCCCAUAUCAUAUCUAUAUUGACAACAGCUGUUUGCAAAUUGCAGUUGAAGAGAAUGAUUUUAUUGAAGUUUCUUUUUGUUAGUAGGUCCUAAAAAAUUAUCAAUUAUUUUUUAAACUUCUCUUUUUCCCUCUGUAAAUUGACAGCCUAAUCAACAGCCUGGAAAGAGCUGGUGCAGUUCGCACCAAAAAGAAGCACCACUGCUUCAAAAUUUAUGCAAUUGCUCCAGUUUUAAUGGUGUCGGAAAUGCGUUUCACUUUACGCCUCGUCAUUGCAACACCUUUUAAGCUGCGUUGAGUGAGGUACUGCGUUGUUUGCAUCAAUUUUGGCUGAGGAGAAAAUUGGGAAGUUGUGGAAUUCCUAAAUUUCUAAUCUUGAUUGAAAAAUCUGUUCGGAGUGGAGGGAAGCUAUGGAUAUGGUGAAGUGGGCUGCUGUUGUAGCUGCGUUCUUGCUCUGUGUUGUUGGUACUAGUGUGUCAAUGGCUGCAUUCACACCUGCUAAUAACUACUUGCUUGCCUGUGGAUCUUCACAAAAUGUGGCGUUUCUUGGCCAAACAUAUGUUCCUGAUUCAGUUCAAUCCUCAGUUUCUUUGAAAAGCCGUGGAGAUUCUUAUGUUGCCACCUCCAACUCCACCGCCCCUUUCCCUAUUUACCAGUCAGCUCGAGUCUUCAGGAGCACGGCGUCUUACAGAUUUGAUAUUGAGAGACAGGGCCGACAUUGGGUUCGCCUCCACUUUUACCCUCUUCCCGGCCAGAAUCUGACUUCUGCUUCCAUCACUGUUGUGACUGAGGAUUUUGUGCUUCUGCACAACUUCAGUUUCGACACUUUCAAGGGCUCGUAUCUCUUCAAAGAGUACGCAGUCAAUGUCACUUCGAACAGCUUAUUGGUUACAUUCAUUCCUGGGAAUGGCUCUGUUGCCUUUGUCAAUGCCAUUGAAGUAGUGUCUGUCCCGGACAACUUGAUACCUGACCAGGCAGCUAUCAUUUCGCCAUAUGGUCAGUUUGAUGGCCUUUCCGGGCUGGCUCUGGAGACCAUCUAUCGUCUGAAUAUGGGCGGUCCUCUGAUUACUGCUCAGAACGACACUUUGAGGAGGACUUGGGAUAAUGAUGCCAAGUAUCUCCACGUGAACAGCUCUGCCUCGAAUGUCUCUGUCAACCCUUCGAAUAUAAAAUACGGUGAUGCUGUUGCACCCGAGAUAGCUCCUAAUUAUGUCUAUGCUACUGCUCAAACCAUGGGAGAUGCGAGUGUGGCUAACGUGAACUUCAACAUCACAUGGGUCCUCCAAGUUGAUCCUAGUUUCUCGUAUUUCUUGCGGGUGCAUUUCUGUGAUAUUGUGAGCAAAUCUCUGAAUAGUCUGAUAUUUAACCUAUACAUCAACACUGAUACCGCUCUUGGGAGUCUUGACCUAUCAAAUGUAGCAGGCAACUUGGAUGUGCCGUAUUACAGAGAUUUCGUCUCCAAAGUUCCUGCAGAUUCAGAUACUCUCACAGUAAGCGUUGGCCCUGACAUCAAUGCUGAUUUCCCAAAUGCCAUAUUGAAUGGUCUUGAAAUCAUGAAGAUCAGCAAUGAUGCCAAAAGCUUGACUGGAAGCUUGACCGUGGAUUCUAUCCUCGUGCUGCCUCCCCAAAAGCAUAAAACUGGCAUCAUAAUCGGCUCUGUGGUUGGUGGUCUGGCUGCACUGAUGCUUGGUGGAUUGUGUUACUUCUGCUUGGUGGCUCGUAGGUCAAAGGAAGCCCACCAGGGAAGCUCGUGGCUACCUCUGCCCCUGUAUGGAAACUCUUUGACCAUGACCAAAAUGUCUACCGUUUCUCAGAAGAGUGGUACGGCCAGCUGUAUCUCAUUAGCUUCCUCCAGUCUUGGCCGGUUCUUCACAUUUCAAGAAAUAAUGGAUGCAACUAAUAAAUUCGAUGAAGGCAUGCUGCUCGGUGUUGGUGGUUUUGGUAGGGUGUACAAAGGAACUCUGGAGGAUGGAACUAGGGUGGCUGUCAAGAGAGGGAAUCCUAGAUCCGAGCAAGGACUUGCUGAGUUUCGAACUGAGAUUGAAAUGUUAUCCAAACUCCGCCAUCGUCACCUUGUGUCCCUCAUUGGCUACUGUGAUGAACGGUCUGAGAUGAUUUUGGUGUACGAAUACAUGGCGAAUGGGCCUCUCAGGAGCCAUCUUUAUGGAACAGAUCUCCCACCUCUUUCCUGGAAACUGCGUCUGGAGAUAUGCAUCGGUGCAGCUAGGGGACUUCAUUACCUCCAUACAGGAGCAGCUCAGAGCAUUAUUCAUCGAGAUGUGAAAACAACGAAUAUACUUCUAGAUGAGAAUUUUGUUGCAAAGGUGGCCGACUUUGGUCUGUCUAAAACAGGACCGGCCAUUGAUCAGACUCACGUGAGUACAGCUGUCAAAGGUAGCUUCGGAUACCUUGAUCCCGAGUACUUCCGGAGGCAACAGCUCACGGAGAAAUCAGAUGUCUACUCAUUUGGCGUAGUUCUCAUGGAGGUGCUCUGCACGAGACCGGCUCUGAACCCGGUUCUUCCUAGAGAGCAAGUGAAUAUUGCCGAGUGGGCGAUGACUUGGCAGAAGAAGGGAAUGCUGGACCAUAUUAUGGACAAAAAUCUUGUAGGGAAAGUGAAUACUGCUUCUCUCAAGAAAUUUGGUGAGACUGCGGAAAAAUGUCUUGCCGAGCACGGUGUUGACAGGCCUUCCAUGGGAGACGUUUUGUGGAACUUGGAGUAUGCUCUCCAGCUCGAGGAGACGACAUCAGCCCUCAUGGAGCCGGAUGACAAUAGCACAAACCAUAUCCCCGGCAUUCCUUUAACGCCGCUGGAGCCAUUUGACAACAGUGUGAGUAUGAUUGAUGGAGUUAACUCGGGAACGGAUGAUGAUGCCGAAGAUGCAGCCACCAGUGCGGUUUUCUCUCAGCUAGUGAAUCCUCGUGGAAGGUGAACAACGGGAUAUUCUUGAUUCCGUUUGCAUCUCCGUGAUCGGUCUCUCUGAGUGGACUUGACUUCUGGAUUCAAAGAUGACCUACAUAUUACAUAACUCGAGCAUACAAAGGUGAUUCGCUAUUCAUUCUAUUGUUGGAAUUUCCUCAUUUUUUUACCCUAAUAAGACAACAUAUGAGUGUAUGCAGUAUAUAGUUUUACUGGGGGCAGAUGCAUGAAUCCAAGUUGUGUUUGCAUAGGCCCAAUGAUAUGUAUCCCUAUAUUCAAUUGGAUUAAUACAGUUUAUAGCUAGCUUCCAUUUGCUUCUACAAUCAUAUUGUAAGUACUGCAGAAAUGCCCCUCUUUGGUUCGUUGUUGAAAUGAAUUAUGAAGCAAAACCCUUUUCAUCGGGUGCUUUGUAGUUUUAAGGUUGUCGUUUGACCAAUCUGUUGUACCCUUUUUAAACCUAGUAGUAAUAAAAACCAGCCGUUGAAGGCAUUAGGAGAAGAAAUAAUAAAUAAGGAAAAGAGUGUUUUAUAUAAUAUGGAGUUGUUGAUGAGCAGGUUCUUCCACUUGGGUUUGAUUAUAUUUGAAGAACAGUAAACUAAUGGUGAGAAACUUUUAAAAAGGAAAAUCCACCAAUAGCAAAGGAGGAAACUGUUGUGGAUGUAUAUUGGUUUAGAGUUGAGACAAGACAAUAGGCAUCUUUUCAGACAUAAAGAUGCUUUUCAUUUGUUUAUUCUCCAUCAAACCGAUGGUUGUCUCUUCAUAAGUGUUUCUGCGUAAGGUCCAAAAAGCAAUAAUCAGAAAGAAGCCUCUGUUAGAAAAAAAAAAAAAAAAAAGGCAAUGAAAAAGGAAGAAACAGGUGAAGUUAAGGUUAGAGUGGGGAUUGAACGCCUAUGGGGGGCUCUCGUCAACGAUCUGAGCUCUCUUCUUCCGGUGCUCAUCCCAAAUUUAGUGACGGAGGGCGAGAUGCUGCAGGGCGAUGGCGGCCUUGGCACUGUUUAUCACUUCAAAUUUGGCCCCGGUGUGCCAAAUAUGAGGUACCAGAAGGAGGAAGUAGUGGAACUUGAUGAGAGCGUGCAUCGGAUUGGGCUGCAAGUGAUCGAGGGGGGUCGCCUCGGUCUUGGCUUCACCUACUACAAGAACAGUUUCCAGCUGACCGCGACGGGAGAUUCUGAGACUCGAGUUGAUGCGACGGUGGAUUACGAAACUGAGCUCCAAGAAACAAAUGUGCCUGCGGGCGAAUCGGUAAAGUCUGGAAUUGCUUUCAUUCAGGAACUUGAAACUUUUCUGCUCAACCAACAACCAUCAAAUCACUCACUGUGAGCCUCUCCCUCUUCUUUGUAUGUGAGGAAGCCUCACAAAUAAGUUCUAUCUAUUUCUUUUCUUGAGAGCUUAUGUGAUCCCUCCUAUUAUUCUUAUUGUCAUUUACAGUAUUAUUUUGUUGGUACGUAUUGUUGUUAUUACUA